UCGGUAUCAUUUUUGUCUAUCAUCUGUCACUAAUUUGCUGUAUUGUAAAUGGUGAAAUGGUAAUGGUGGUUGUGUUUGAUUAUAACAUUACUAAAAUGUACCUAUACGUGAAAUUCCUGUGUUUAAAUUGCUAACGAUUGCAGCGAAAGAGUGCCUGCUCAAAUCUCGUGAAACUGUGAAGGCUCCAAAUCCUGUAGUAGGUUUCAACACAGCUUGCACAUGGUAUGUUAAAAUGUCGCAGAAACAUUUCGACCCUAUACCCUCGAAAACCGCCAGUAUCCUAAAGCGUAAGCGAAUAAAGAGUAUAACCAGAAAGAAAGUAUUGAAGAUGCUAGCAGUGAUGGAAACGAAUGCACAGUCGACCGCUGGCAGCUCUGCGGGGGCGGUGGCAAGUGGCGGAGGCGGUUCGGUGGAGAACUGCCCCCCAACACCCGAGACCACCGCCAAUGUUGAGGAGUUCCUUACCUCGGGCAGGACAGGACGCAGAAACGCACUGCCUGACAUACUAGGACAAAACGCAUUUGUGACCAGUCCGGAUUUGACGACAAAACUACAAGGGCUAACCACAAACGACAGUCCGACAGACUCUGCACAACCUGGAACCAGCAAAAGCUGAAAAGGCAACCAUUAAAGGAGUUGCGUCUUUAAAAACGCAGUGCCCUUUUUAUACUGUAACAAAAUCAACUGUAAUGCUGUUUGGUAGACAGUGAGUUGUUUCUUUUAGUGUGCUCGUAGCUUACCUAAGUGAUGAUUCAUGACUUCAUGGUCCAUAUAAAUAUCGGUACUCGAAAAUUGCAGUAAGUACUGUACAUGUAUAUAUGGUAUCGAAAUAUCCCGUUUCAGAUGCGGUACAAUAAACGUAGUAUUUGACCUUAGAAAUGAGCAAAUUACCGAAACGAUCGCGUUUUAGAAUCUGUCUACAUUCUUUUUUUGUGUUUUUCUGUUUUAGAUAUUUAUGAAUGAGUACAAAUUCUACCUUUUUAUCAAUCUUUUAUAAAAUGUCUAAAAUGACAAGACAUGUGGGGAUAACGUGAUCUUACUCCUAAUAUUAACUAAUUUUGAUUUUAAUAACAAAGGAAAUAAAAAUUAUUUUUAUUGAAAAUUCAUAAAUUAAUAGGUAAAUUGACCAACUUGGUUAUUUAUGUUUAUGGGUCGUUUUAGCCUAAUAAAACAAUGAAUUCACAUUCAUGUAGUGUUUGAAGCAGUUCACUAUAUUCUGUUGUGAAACUGAAACGUCAAAACUUUUAAUUGAUUUUGAUUUUAUAUACCAACCAAUGAGAAACCUCUUGCUUCAUAGCUCGGAUUUUUUGGCAGCAGAGAUGACAACAGGAUACAUUUCACUUAGUGCAGUAGGUGUUUAUGGCAGUACGAUUUGGACAAAUAUUUACUGAUUGAGUAAGAUAACGGAUUAUUUGAAUAUUUAUUAAUUUAUCUAAAAACUAAACCCCACAUAUGGUAUAGCUAAUAACGGUACGCAAUACUAGAAAUUGUUACAAUAAGUAAAACGUUGUCAUAGCAUAUUUUUGUGUAUAAAAAUGCUAUAUUUUUUUCAUAUGUAUUAUUUAUCCUGACAUGCUUGGUUGGUACAACUGAUUGGUAUAUUAUUCAUUCCAAUUUAAUAUGUGUGUAACGUAUCCAUUAUUUAGUGGUAUGUAUUAAUUCCAAUAGACAAAAAUAGAAAUAUAGAGGGUGCAUUUGAAGCAGUGAUUUACUUUCAUCAAUAUACAACUAGUUUGGAACUUCGAAUGAAGCAUUUAUUUAAAUCUAUAUAAACAUUGAGUUUCUUUGUCCUCGCAAGUCUCCAGUUUAGCUGUUUAUCAAUAUUGAUACAGCAUUGUAAGUCAGUUAUGAAAUUUUAAUGUUCUGUUAACAAUAUGUUGGAUGAAAGGUAGCAACUUUUCAACCUAAAUCAUGUCCAUGAAUCUCACAGCCUCAGUCUUGUUGAGUUCGAGAUUUUUUGUACUCACAAAACAAACGAAAUGACAAAAUAUGAUGUAAGGCAGUACAACUGUCGUGAUAUUGCUUGUUUCAUACAAGCUAGACCGAAAAUAUGAAUUAAGCAUUGCUUUUGUAUUGGAAAGGAGCUAAAAGACGCUGUGAAAAAAUAUAGAUGAAAAUUGACCACUGUUUCAUAAGUUUAUUUUAUCGCGAGCUUUUUUAUGUUUUGGUACUAUCAUCCAUACUUUGGCAUAGUUGGAUUGAUAGUAUCUUUGGAGCUCUGUGUACAUAUUGCAUCAUUGUAACAUAUCACAUUGUUGUUAUUCACAUGAAUUGAUAUACCAUCGCCAAUUUUUUAUGUCAAUUUAAGUGUUAGUCAUUGGCAGAAAAAUGUAGUAAACGUGGAAAGACACUAGUUAUAGAAACAGUGGAUUUAUGACAGCUCAUAACAUCAAUGUCAUCCGACUUCGAAAAGUUAUUCUUUUCAAUGUUCAAAAUUGAUGUAUAAGAGCUAGCGAUAUCAAGAGACAUGCAAGUUUUUUACCUCUUAGACAUCAGUAAAUUGAUUUAGAAGAUAUUCUAAUGUGCUUGAAGUUUUAUUCUGUAGCUUUCCUUGAUUAGAGUACUUAUAUGUUCUAGUUGAUAGAACUUUUCUUGUUUAUAACCUUUUUGUGUUUCUAAAAGUCCAGAUAUUAUGCUAUGGAAAAUUUGACUCAAUUUGAGAUGUGAUAUACCAUAUUUUCUUGGCUAAAGUGGUUUAAGAAGACAAAAAACAACAAUUUUCGAUUAUUUCUUUUUGGCUUUGUUAUUUCACUUGAUGUUCAUGUAUUCUUUCUGUUCUAACUGCCUAUAUCACACUCGUCGAUCUCUACAUGCCUCUUAAUGUCACUAGUUCUGAAUCACUUAGGAUAGAGAUCCAACUUGGCAGACUACGGAUUCAUCAGCAAAUCCAUAUUAUUUUAAAAUGUCUGAAACAGAUGAUUUUGAGUUUGAUAUUGACUUCAAUAACACAUAUAUAAUGUGUAUCUACCAUAAAUAGGAAAAAAAUGUUCAGUGCUCAAGAAACCAAAGAUGUGAGAAAAAUCAAUAAUUCAGCCUUUUUGUAUGGUGGAAUUAUGUGUCUGUAAUGGCAGCUGUAUCUUGUACAAAUACUACAAAUAUGUAUAUUGGUAUAUGUACUUCUCUCUGUGUUUUGUGUAUAUCUUUCGCUAGUAUAUUUAUAUAUUUGGUAGAUUUGUACUGUGUAUAUAUUUUUCUAUAAUAUGUAUCGUGAGUGUUCUCGUGUUACAAUACAUUUCUGCUAUAAAGUUCUUGAAAAUGGUUCAAAAAUCGACAAGAAAUUGAGUACGUGAUUCCUAAUUUCCAUCUUUUUCAUACAACAGCUGAUUCUGUGAACGUUCACAUACAAUUUCCAGAAUCAUAUUGCCAAGAAAGUUCGCAAUCAUUCCCUAAGUAAUAAAAACCAACCAAGAAAAGUCCACUCCUUAGUCCCCCCUCGCAGUUACUGCUAACAUUUAGUAUUGUCAGAAUUUCUCCACUAAGGAAAAGAAAAUCCAAUAACCUGCGGCUGAAGACCGAAAGGUGGCAACACAAGGACCAAAUACGGUCUAAAGACGGCGGUCAGAACAUACAACGGCAGUUUCAAAUUAGACUCUCAUCAUUUGGAUCUCGGAAAUAUAGAUACGAAGUUGGUUAAAUGUUGCGGAUUUAAGUAACUAAGGAAAUGGCACUUGGAAAGUUCCACAAUUACGGGUAUUUUUCCAAAAUCGUUUAAAUUUUUUCCUGCCAUAUUUUGAGAUGGACUUGCGAAAUAAAAAACAUUAACAUCCCCACUUUCCCUCCUCUGAAUGAUGGCAUAGUUAGAUAUUCAAUAUGAUGUUUCAUAUCUUAUCCUCAAUCAGCUUUAUUUUUUCUUAUAGACACCACAUUGGAUUUUUGCAUACAUUGUCAUCUCCAAACCAUAGUUACCUCAAGUCAGAUAAUGUGUUUCAUAAUAUAAUCAGUCAAUCAUUCCUUCAUUUUUAACGAACCAGGCAUAGGAGAACAAAUUCUAUUUCCGAUUUUAAUGAUGUACAUAACGUGACAUAUAAAACCGCAAAUAUCUGAAAAAGUGAUCUUCUUAUAGUUGGUCUUAACUCAUCGAAUACAGAACAACCUAAUGCGUCUUAACAAAAAAGUUUUUUUUCUUAUGUAAUGGUCGAAUUGAAAACAGUAUUAUUUUAUGUAACUGAUGGAAACAUUUAAUUUUGGAGUAAAUGUAGCUAUCUCUAUCUUCAUCAUGUUCUAAUAUAACGCUUGUUAUAUUCGAUAAAUCAGCAAAUUAAUUAUCUCAGUCUCCUUUUCAAACAACUGAAGCAUUGACGAUUUAAUCGGAUAAACAAGAGACAACCGUCAUUUUCAAAGUCAAUCUAUGACAUAUAUAUUUUCGAAAUCGGCAUUAAAAACUCUUUGCAAAAAUCCAAUAUGGCGUCUAUAAGAAAAAAUAAAGUUGAUGGUUGAUCACAAGGGACCAAAACGUUAUAUAUAUAUAUAAAAAAGUGGCAAUGUUAAUGUACUUUUCAUUUUGAAUUCCCAUCUCAAACGAAAUCAGGAAAACUAACACGAUUUUGAAAAAAAUCGGUCUCUUUCGUCUAUCUCCGAAAAUACUCGAAAUUUCGAUCUUGUCGUUUCCGAGUUCCCAAUGAAACACCCGGUAUAGUUUUAAGAUUCUUAGAUGAUUAACUUCCUUUUUCUUCUACAUUGGGAUGAUAUAAUCCAAAGAACAGCUUGUACCUAAUUAUAUAUAAUAGAUCCACAAAUUACUAUCCUCAUAUUCCUUAUUUUUUAUUAGAGAUGUAUUGGCAUAGAUCUGAUGGUUUUUAUCACACGGACAUGUUUUUUCUGUGUAUACAUGAAAAUGUUGCAAUCUUGCUGAUUUAUUUCUAGCAACGAACCUUGUGAUAUUAUUUAGAUUCUAAAGGUUGUCCAAGGACUCUUGUUCUUGAACAUUGAGAUAUAAAAAAUCAAGUGUUAUUUUUUCUUGUUUGCGUGGUGUUUUAUACCAAAUAUUCUUUAAGAUAUUUAAAAUGUUUUAAUUUAUAUCAAAUUUCUUGAAAACCACUUCACCGUUAUUAGAAUACACCAAAUGUUAAUAAAAUCCGUUACUAAGCCGACUCGGGACAUUUGAAUGAUUCCGUGCUUCACUAAGAUAAAAGCAUAAGCAAACAGAUGCUGUUCUGAAAUCCUUAACUAUAUUAGAAAAUUUUGCUGUCGCAAUUUUGGAAGAAAAUAUUUGCACAUUUCAGAACUGGUAGCUAAGCAAGAGCAGGGUUGCACAAUGAAAUAAUAAUAAUAAUAAGUUUAUUGCAAAAGAAAAAGUAUAGCAGUAGUAGAUGAAAGACAAUAUUAUACAAUAAACGAAUGGACCCAAAAAAGUUUCGCAGAAACUUGUGCUUGGGCAUGAGCUCAUGUAUAAAUAACUUAAG